GUGUUUGUUCCUGCCUCAAACCUAGCUGAAUGCAGUGUCAGCAAGCAGGCUUUGUGGGGCAGCCUCGCGCCCGCGGCCGUCAGUUAUCUGUGCGAGUAGCCUCGCAGUAUGAUGCCUCACUCAGAGUCCGUGGCUCUUUCAGAAAAGUGUUUAAGUAUGUUGGGGACUUCAAUCGCCUUCCGGAGUGGUAUCCAGGCGUGGACGCUGUCACGCAAACGCGGGGGGAGGAGGGCUCUGUGAACCUGAAGAACACGUACACGGUGGACAGGACGAUUAUGCGCAUGCAGCACACGUCCACGUAUGAGAUCAUCGACGUGGUGCCGGGCAAGAAGGUGGUGUACAGCGCCCAGAGCCCGGUCCACACGGCAGUGCACCAACUCUACUUUCAAGAGGACCCCACGGAUCGCAACUACACCAACAUCCGCUACAUUAAAAAGCUACAGCUCCGGAGCAUUGCCGGGCCGUUGCAGCCGCUUGUGACAGGGAACCUGAGCAAGAUUCCCGAGGAGGGUCUGCGGAACCUGGCCAUUAUCUUCUUGCGCGCGGACACGCCGUUGAAGGACAUCAAGCUGGACCCGGAGGACGAGGCAGAGGAGAUUCGGGCGUCCCGGCCACAGUCAGGCUGGUCCUUCCAGUCGCUUUGGGACGGGUUGGGACUGGGCGGCGGCCCGGUGGGCGGCUCGAUAGCUGUGGACACGCUAGGGUACUACGCCAUCCUGGGGCUGGACGUGCGCCGCAUGAGCCGCUACACCGCCGACGAUAUCAAGGCUGCAUACCGGGCCAAGGCUAUGGAGAUGCACCCCGACAAGGUGUCCAUUGAUGACACGGCAGCACAGGAGUCCGCCACGCUCAAAUUCCAGCGGCUGCAGAAGGCCUACAACGUGCUGCGAAACCCGGACCACAAGCGCCUGUACGACUCCGGCGAGCUGGUGGAGGAGCUGGUGCAGUGAGCGCCUACAGCUGACAGGUGCCUACUGCAUAGCGGGCUGUGAUGUGAGUCCUCACAACAAAUAGGUGCCUUGAAGGCCCAUCCUGAUGCUCGGAGCCAUCUGGGUACAUGAGCAAGCUUCUUUGAGCAUUUGACUUGCAGCAGGUAUGGGUCCGGUCCGGCUUGUGUGUACCUACGACGUGGUGGUGGUUUUGUCUGGACAUUUCAUGCGAGUGGUCUGGGCGGAGGAAGGGGCAGCAGCGGGUUAGGAGAACUAAUCGUAAACGCGCAGGUGAUGGAUGGUCACAUGUACCGCAAUAGUAUCACGUGUAGGUUCGCCCGGCAGUUAGAUAAGAAAUGUGUGCCUGCGCCCCGCAUGAGCCUUACCCAGCUGCGAGUUUAGGCACAACCUGUGGGGAAAGUGGCGCUCGCAGAGUAAUGGUGCUUUUAGGGUAGCUGUGAUAGCUUAUAUUUAACACGGGGCACAAACUUCUCGUUGGAACAGUACGUCAGAAGUGGUUACGUGCAAGUCCAUGACGGUCCAUGAGCGGUGCGCAUCUAAGCAGUUUCAGGAAAUGUAUGGUUGAUGCUGGGGUACCGGCCGUGGGUACCGGCCGUGCCGCACGGAUUGUGGCCAUAGCCACACGAUUGGAAGGAGAAAUGCAUGCGGGAUGUGAAGAAUUCUUUGGGUGAAGUAUCAUAUCGUGCACUGUAACACGGCAAGCAU